AUGCCGAUUUCCGAGUUCGCCGAGCUUUUUGCAGCGGCAAAUCAUAGUGUGUAUGGAAUGGACGGCAGCAACAAGCAGGAGUGUACUCAUCCAUGGAUCCGGAGACAGAAGGCUUCUAGAAGACGUCGAGAACACCCGAUCUCCAUUGGAGAGUUUGUUGUGCGCACGCACAAAGAGGUUGACUCCACUCCAGUUUCGUUCCAAGGCAGAUUCGGUGCCGGUGAGGUGGUUGAGGUCGUCGAACAAUGGACUUUGCGAAAAUGGAAGAGUUCCACCCCGACAUCGAGUCCUGGAGAGUCCUGGAGUCCCCACUGGGGAAACCGGCCUCCAGAUUACUCUGGCUUUGAGAAGUUGUGA